AAGGAGGGGACAUCGAAGACGUAAUAAUACAACAUGCUGUCCGGGUGUUGCAGGUCUGCUCCCUGUCUCUCGCAUUGGAAGUUGAUGACGCGGUUACAUAUGGGAAGUAUAUCGUAGUCACCUGCAACCUGGCUACGCCUACCUACAGAACAGACCUGAACCAGCUUAACUAGAAGGUUUCGUCCCCAUUCUCGCACUAUCUGAUCCGACUCAGACUUCCUUCCGGCCUGCUGCAGACGCCAUACCACUGUUAUCAGAUCUCCUCUCAGCCACGGGUAGUCUUCUCGGCGGACAGCAGUAAUAUUAGGUCAAAAGAGGAGAGGCAUAGUGGAAGAGAACACCUGAGACCUGAAGGACAAGGAGAGGGAACAAUAUGGCUUCACUGAGAAGAGAGGACACGAGUGAUGAAGCACCUUUGCUGGGCGAGAGAGGAGAUGCAAGCUUACCGGGGGGCAGGCCACUGUAUCACAAUUUUGUACUGGGUACCGCUGUUGUCGCCCAGGCCGGCGCAUGGAUAAUUGCAGCCAUCGUAUGGGGCUCUGUCUUUUCUAACGACUUGAUCCUCUUCUCGGCACAUCCGCUCCUCAACUCCGCCGGCUUCCUCCUGCUCAUCCAAGCCAUACUUGUGGUGCAGCCCACUCAUACAGCCCAGCAGAAAAAGGAAGGCACGUACGCUCACGCCGCUCUGAACGAUAUCGGAGUUCUCGCAGCCAUCGCUGGCCUUGUCGUGAUUGAGUACAACAAGAUCUCACACAAUGGGACACACUUUGAAUCAGCUCACGCGAGACUUGGACUCGUUGCAUACAUUCUUGUAAUUCUGCAAGUGCUUGUGGGCUUCACGCAAUACUUCACUCCCGGGCUGUAUGGGGGCGAAGCCAAUGCGAAGAGCUUGUACAAGUAUCACAGAGUGGGGGGUUAUAUCACGACUGUGGUCAUGCUGGCAACGAUUUGUGCAGCGACCUAUACGACAUACAACGUGAAUGUGAUGAAGAUCCAGCUAUGGGCUGUGGUCGUCGCGAGUGUGCUGGUUGUUCUUGGCGUUGCCGCAAGAGUGAGGCUGAGCAAAUUUGGCUGGAUGGCUGGGAAGUAAGAAGAUGAAUGUCGAAGGCACUGAAUAUAGCAUGGAAGCGAGUCACUAAUUGAGACAACGAUGUGAUGGCAAUGGACGCGGAGCAUGUGGCGUUGGAGGAUUUGUACCGGGAUGCUGAUAGCAGUGUUCGAGAUUAAGAGGGCACCCUCUCGCCUGCGCACUUCUGUCAUCAUUGCGGAAUCUAGCACAUUUCUAUAUGCUGAAGUUUGAAGUCUC